AACCCACAUCACUGGCUAUUUAUAAGGUGCGGUCAGGAGCUAAUUCUAAUAACCUCUGUCAGUAUCUAGUCAGAUAACUAGCCGAACUGCUGGUGGUUGACCGUGAAAGUUACAGCAAACAUACCCGAGACUUGGUGAAGGUUUUAUUUGGAGGAAAAAGGUUUGGCAAUCAUGUGGAUGAAGUUUGGCCUAACCUGUUCAUUGGUGACAUGUCAGUGGCCAAUGAUCGCUACAGUCUGUGGAAGCUGGGAAUCACUCACGUUCUGAAUGCAGCUCAUGGGAAGAUGCACUGUCAGGGGAGUCAUAACUUCUAUGGCUCCUCUGUGGAAUAUUAUGGAGUGCCUGCAGAUGACUCACCAUCCUUUGACCUAUCUCACUAUUUCUUUCCCUCUGCUGAGUAUAUUCAGAGUGCACUUGACACAGCUGGUGCUCGGGUUUUUGUCCACUGUGCAGUUGGAGUGAGCAGGUCGGCCUCCCUCGUCCUGGCCUACCUUAUGAUCCACCAGAAUUACACCCUGCUAGAGGCCAUCAAUAAGGUCAAAGAGCACAGAUGGAUUUUUCCAAACACAGGAUUCCUCAAACAGCUUCGUGCUUUGGAUAUGAAAACACGCAAAUCGGCAGUAGCCCAAAACAAGACUUCCUUGCAGAAAUUAGGUAUUACUCAUGUAUUAAACGCUGCUCACUCCAAGCGAGGCAGCGUAGGGAACCAAAGCUUUUAUGGCAACGACUUUGUGUAUUGUGGCAUUCCAGCAGAUGACUCUACGCACUUUGAUCUGGAUGUUUACUUCAACCCUGCUGCUGAUUUCAUUCAUAAAGCGCUGAAGACACAUGAUGGGAAAGUUCUGGUGCACUGCAUCAUGGGAAUGAGCAGGUCAUCGACCUUGGUGUUAGCGUACCUCAUGAUCUACCAUCAACUCCCGCUCAAGCGAGCUUUGCAGAAAUUGAUCCAAAAGAGAGCCAUCUACCCCAACAGGAAUUUCCUGGCUUUGCUGUUGGAUCUCGAUCUUCAGCUGACAAGAAAGGAGAAAACAUGUCAGAUCCUAAACAUUGGAAAACUCACUUACAAAAAGCAUAAAAAUGUUGCAGGGUACAUUACCAAGGAAAACGCAGACAGUUGUGCUGUCGACCUACAUGUUGCUCUUGCCGAGAGACAUUGGAGAGCAGCGUUUCCAGCCAAGACGAGGCACAUCCAAAAGGCUAAAGAGGGAAGUGUAAUUCAUAAAAACCACCAAGAAGAGGCCCGCAGGAGGUAUGCAGCCAAAGACAAGAGGAAACUCCUGGCUCACCACAUCACCCAUGUUCUUAACGCUGCUGAUGGGAAGUUUAACGUGAACACGGGCCACAGCUUCUACAGAGACACCAAAAUUACUUAUCACGGAGUGGUCGCUUUUGACAUGCCAUACUUUGACUUGAGUCCCUUCUUCUACCCAGCGGCCAAUUUUAUCAAGAACGCUUUGAGCUCGCCUACAGGUAAAGUGUUUGUCCACUGUGCGAUGGGUCUGAGCCGCUCGUCCACCUUGGUCCUGGCAUACCUGAUUAUCCACGAGAACAUGACGUUGGUGGACGCCAUCAAAGCUGUCAGCGCCAACAGGCACAUCUCACCGAACAAUGGUUUUCUGGAGCAGCUUCGAGAGCUGGACAAAAAGCUGCACUACCAGGGACCAGUGAGGAGCUCCAGUGCCUACGGGCGGACUUGAGGGCAAAUCCAUCCAUCCAUCCAUUUGAAUGACAUUUUUUUGUUCGAAGUACAAUGAAGAUAUGAAUAUAAACCAAGUUUUUUGUAAAACGAUUUCCAUUUUUUUGUGAGGAAAUUAAAGUUACUUACAAAA